AUGGCCUCUGAAUCGCCAGCUUCUGAGCCCAACCCGAAGGUGGUCAGGCACACGAUUGAUCCCGAAGGAGACGUUAUCCUCGUUCUUUCAAACCCUGGUGCACCUUUUGCACCCUGGAAUCCAGAUGAAGACCACCCAUGCGCAGUAAAGCUCCCAGAAGAGCUUCAAGAGGACUUCCCUCUAGAUAUUUACUUUCUGCUCUCUGCUGGAUCAAAGACGGCGAAAGUCACAGCCGACAGUGAUUCAGGCAAAAAGACAGCCGUCAAUGGUCAACAGGCAGCGACAACAGACUCAGAUUCUGAAGGCUCCAACGAGAAGAAAACAAUCGAAAUACGAUAUCGAGUAAAUUCCGCGUGCUUGAGACUCGCGUCUCCGUACUUCAAAAAACUUUUCAGCGGAAGCUGGCGGGAGACAAUAACGAAAAAGAAAGGCCUUUUCUAUGUGACGGCUCAGGAUUGGGACCCAACUGCCCUUCUUCUCCUGAUGAACAUUUUUCACUGUCAAGGCCAGAAAAUUCUGUGGAACAUUGAUCUUGAGAUGCUUGCCAAAUUAGCAGCACUGGCGGACUAUUACCUUUGCGCCACGUAUAUCCGGCAUUAUGCUAUGCGGUGGAGGGCGCUACUCGACAUUGAUCUAUCCAAGGCCACACACUCUAGGCCGGCGCUCCUUCUUUUGUUCUCUGCUAUUACGUUCGAAUGGGAUGAUACCUUCACCAAGUUAACUGCUGCAAUAAUGUGGCACAGCCACGGACCUAUACAAACCUUGGGUCUCCCAUUUCCCCAGCCUAUCCUUGAUGCAAUCAACAACAGGAGAGUUGAGCGACUCGACCAAAAUGCAGAAGCAAUUGCAAAGAUAAAGCAAUUUCUAAAAGUGCGUGCACCCUGCAGCGUCUUCGAAUGUACAGUACUGCGUCAUGGAGUAUUCAGGGUGGACAUUUACAGCAAAAAGAUCCACCCCAAGUUGAUGAAGGAAUGCAAGGACGGAUACAGUAUUGCUGAGGUUUUAAAUGCGUUUAAAAAUCUCCGCUAG